AUGUGGAAUCAAAGGGCAAAAGCUUUGUGGCUAAAGGGGGGUGAUAGCAACUCAAAGUUUUUCCAUUAUAGAUCAUCUCAAAGAAAGAACAAGAACUGGAUCAUAGGCUUAAAAAAUGAUGUUGGGGUUUGGCAGUAUGGAAAUGAUAGGGAUCAGCUUAUCAUUAGUUACUUCCAAUCCUUGUUUCAAUCAGAACAGCAGGACCUGAUGGAAGAUCUGGUUUUCUUAGAAGAUCUGAGAGGCAGAGUCACAGAUGAUAUGAAUGUGGAGUUGACAAAGGAUUUCACUAAAGAAGAGGUCAAAGAAGCUUUGAAUCAGAUGCACCCUACCAAAUCACCAGGACCCGAUGAAAUGCCACCUCUAUUUUCCCAACAAUAUUGGCACAUAGCGGGAAAUGCAGUAACCUCUGCUGUAUUGCAGGUACUUAGAACUGUUUUGAUCAAUGGUGAGCCUAAAGGUCCUAUAAUUCCAUCAAGAGGGCUUCGUCAAGGGGACCCAUUAUUUCUCUAUUUGUUCUUACUUUGCACCGAGGGAUUGAUAUCUCUACUGAAGAAGGCUGAAGAGCAUGGUAAGAUCACACCUGUUAGAAUCUGCAGAGGAGCUCCUAGACUAUCCCAUUUACUUUUUGCCGAUGAUAACAUCUUGUUCUGUAAGGCAAAUGUGUAUGAAAAUCAAAGGAUUCAACAUUUAUUGCACUGUUAUGAGCAGUCUUUGGGUCAAAAGAUUAACAGAGGCAAAACUGGCAUUGUUUUUAGUACAAAUGUAAAACCUGAUACAAGGCAAGAUAUUUUGGAUCUUUGGGAAGUGCAGCACAGCCAACAAUUUGAGAAGUACCUAGGGCUUCCACCUUUGGUUGGGAGGGCAAAGUAUAGAGCUUUUUCUGAUAUAAAACAUAAAGUGUGGAAAAAACUGCAAGGAUGGAAGGAGAAGAUGCUUUCGGUUGGGGGGAAAGAAAUUUUAAUAAAGGCUGUGGCCUUGUCUAUCCCAACAUAUGCCAUGAAUUGUUUUAAACUACCUUCCUCUCUGUGUGCAGAGCUAGAGCAAUUAAUGGCAAAAUUCUGGUGGGGCCAAAAGAAGGAAGAACAUAAAAUACAUUGGAUGAGCUGGUCAAAGAUGUGUAAUACAAAACAGAAUGGAGGGAUGGGCUUUAAAGACUUGAGAGUGUUUAAUGAUGCUCUUCUAGCAAAAAAACGAGGUAUUUGGGGAACAAAGCACAAACUACAAGAGGGUUGUCAGUGGAGAAUUGGCUCGGGAAAGGAGGUGAGGUUUUGGAUAGACUCUUGGGUUCCUGGCUUUACUAGUAUUGCUGGGCAACAUAUCAGUCCCUCUCAUUAUGGGAAUGCAGAAUUGAUAGGGGAUGAAAGUGCAACUAUUAAUUCUUUAUUUAUUGCCAAUCAGAGAGUGUGGGAUGUGGGUAAAAUUACUGCACUCUUUAGACCAGAAGUAGCUCUUCACAUUACAAAGAUUGUGCUCAGCCAAGAUAGAGAGGAUCUAAUCUGCAGGAAGAAGGAAGCAAAUGGUAUUUAUACUGUCAAAAGUGCCUAUAGACUGUUUAAAGAUUUAAGUCCAGGUAGACAGAAUGGGGAAUCCUCAAAUGCUGAUUUAUUAGGGAAAAUGUGGAAAGCUAUAUGGAGCAUGAAACUUCCUGUAAAGGUGAGCAUCUUUGCUUGGAAAGCUGUCAAAGAAAUCCUACCCACAAAGUCAAAUCUAAAGAAAAAGAAGGUGUUAACAGAGGAUGGUUGUGUAUUCUGUCAUUCUGAAAAUGAGGAUACUCUUCAUGCUCUUUGUUCCUGCCUAGCUAUCAAAGAGGUCUGGUCUCUCUAUUUCCCAUCAAUGGUUCUUAUGAAGGAAUGUGAUAUGUUCCUGGAUGUGGUUCUGAGGCUGCAACAGAAUAAGAGACAUGAUAUGCUUGAUCUUUUUUUCAUAAUAUGUUGGAGUUGCUGGUAUAGAAGAAAUAUGAAGAUGUUUUAG